AUGAAAUUCGCCCUUAUUGCCGCUCUUGUCGUUGUGCUGGCUGUUGCCCACGGCACUGAGGCCGGGUCACUGGUGAAGCGUGACGCCCAGUCUGACCUGAACAAGAUCACCAAGCUCAUCAAUGAAAUGACGACCAGCAUCAGCAGCGCCACUCAGGACAUGGUGGAGAAGGUGAAGGCUAUGGAGGUGACCAACACCGCCCAGACUUACAUGGAGGACAGCAGGGCCAAGAUCCAGCCUCUGGUCGAGAAGGUUCAGGCCGAGGCCGCCAAGCUGCAGGAGCAGGUCAAGCCCUUCAUCGCCAACAUCGAGGAUAAGAUCAAGCCCGUCACCGACAACUUCAACGCUCAGGUCAAGCCUCUGACCGACAACUUCCACGCCCAGGUGAAGCCUCUGACCGACAUGAUGGAGAAGUUCUUCCAGCAGGUGAUGGACCAGACCAAGGCCCUGCUGCCCCCCCAGUAA